AGAACUUGAGGAGUCAACAGCCUUGCGGCCGAGGCAAUUUGUUGCCCAUGACGGGCGGAAUGUCCUCUCUCUACCAGCAUUGUCGAGUGGAGUGCAAUCCCAGGAGAUAGACAGGCUCCAGCCUGUCGGCCACCGCGCGUGAUGCCUUUGAUGGCUUGAACUGCUCUCGGACGAGCUACGAUACCACGAUGUCUAAGUAAACCGAGCGACAAGGCUCCGACGCUGCUAUACACCUUGCCAUGUCCAUAACCCUAGUAAGGCUCUUCAGCUCACUCACAGGCUUGCGAGCUAAACCGUACGAAAGCCGUAUGAAACCCGUAUGGUGAACGCCAAGCAGUCGUCAACAAUGGAUAGAUCGCUUACUGGAUCUGGGGUUACGUGCAAUUAAAAGGGAGAUGCUAUGAGUUUCUUGGGAGCUCUAAAGCCCACACUGACAAGCAGUAAGAGUUUCUUACAAGCACUCACACUGUCACACCACGUCAUGCGACUUCAGGCUGAUCUAGUGUGUUUAACAGCGCGCCCCAGACCGGUAGAUGCGUGGACUGUACUUCACAAGUCUGACGCUUUUCAUGUUGAGAGGGAAGACCUGGACAAGGCGCGAAGAUGGCACGAAGUGUCUGGCACUUUCCACAACCAAGGAUCACUAGUUGUACAGGCAAGGUUAGCUUCUGCGGCUCCUACGGUGUUUGCGCCCUGGGGAGAGGUUGGGUUGGCAGCCCGACUAGCCCGAGUUGUUACAGCAACAUUGACUGCACUUCGGCAAGCCUCUAGAUUGCCCGUAUGGACGCUGGCGUUGCGCUAUCUAGAGGUAUCAUCGAGACACAACCAAAAGAGCCGUGAAGGCGCCAAGUCCACUUGAUGAGACUGUUCGCAAGCCGACAUUAAGGACGCCUGCACAAUAUGUGAUUGAUGUAGCACAAUGUGUACGAGCUUCCAGCAUCAUGCUCAUGCGAUGGUGCGAGGGGUGCGUUUGUCGCAGCGUUGCUCGUACAAAACCCCGGCACGCUAGUGUUGGGCUUCAGCAUUUCAGACUCCUGGCAUGAGCA